AUGUAUAAUCGGACUUAUCCUAAUCGUAGUGGGUUGAGGGAGAAAUUUAUAGAAGGGGUUGCUGAAUUUAUGGCUAAAGCGAAAACACUUCAUGAAUUUCUCAGUGAAGGGAUGAUUAGGUGCCCUUGUGUCAAAUGCAAGUGUGCAAAGCUAUUACAGCCAGAUGUUGUUAAAAUUCAUCUUUAUAAAAAAAAGUUUAUGGAAAAUUAUUACGUGUGGACUAUUCAUGGAGAGGAUGUUGCUAGUGUUGGUGAUGUCGAUUUUCAAACUUUUUUUGGUAGUGAGGGUAGUCCAUUAGCGGAGAAUAAUUUUGAAAACUCUCGAUCUAAUGAAAUGGUUAGAGAUGCUUUUGUGAUGCACCCGAGGGCUCAGUCUGAACCAAAUGAUGAUGCUAAGCGCUUCUAUGAACAGUUAAAAGAAGCUAGUCGUCCAUUGUAUGAAGGUUCAAUGCAUUCUAAGUUGUCUGUUGUGGUUAGAUUAUUAAGUAUUAAAUCCUAUUCGAGUAUUUCUCAAGCAGGCAUGGACUCUAUCAUUGGCCUUGUGAAUGAACUUAAUAUGAAUAAAAUUGACCUACCCAAAGAUUUCUACACAGCAAAGAAAUUGGUUUCUAAGUUAGGACUUUCAUCAGAGAGGAUUGACUGUUGUGAGAAAGGCUGCAUGUUAUUCUAUAAGGAUGAUGCAUCUUUAGAAAAUUGUAAAUUUUGUAACCAACCUCGUUACAAGGAGGUCAUAAAUUCCAAAAAGAAGAAGGUUCCAGUUAAGGCAAUGCAUUACUUACUCCUUAUACCUAGGUUAAAGAGGUUAUAUGCAUUAAUGAGCUCUGCUCCUCAUAUGAGAUGGCACUAUGAAAAUAGAAGGCCACCUGGUAUUCUGUGUCAUCCGUCGGAUGGAGAAGCAUGGAAGCAUUUUGAUAGAGUAUUCCCAGAUUUUACUAAUGAACCAAGAAAUAUUAGGUUGGGUUUAUGUGCUGAUGGAUUCACUCCAUUUUCUGUCUCUGCUGAACCAUAUUCAUGUUGGCCAGUGUUUGUUACGACGUAUAAUCUUCCUCCUGAGUUAUGUAUGACAAGUCCAUAUUUGUUCCUAACUUGCAUUAUUCCAGGUCCACGCAAUCCGAAAAGAUUGAUUGAUUUAUACUUGCAACCUUUAAUUGAUGAGUUAAAGUUAUUGUGGCAUGAAGGUGUGGAAGCAUAUGAUAUAUCAACUAAACAAAACUUCAGAUUGCAUGCUGCUUUGAUGUGGACUAUAAAUGAUUUUUCUGCUUAUGGAAUAUUAUCCGGGUAG